AGCGACGUGGAAUUGCUUCCUGUGGCGGAUUACUAACAUAGCCAGUGUUGCUUAGCGUUUUACCUGAAUAGGUGGAUCAGAACAAAAAUUCAAUAAAACUAAAUAAUUGAAAUGCUUGCUUCUAGCAAACUGUUAAUUCGGCUCCAGUGUGUUUUCCGUUUUUCACACGUUGUAUAAAUGGGUGCAUAUUAUUGUGCCAUAUGUAGGCAGACAACAUUCAAAGGGAAGACACACGUCUUCGGAAAGAAUCACCAAAGCAGAUUGAGAGUGGUUCUUCUCAAAUUUUUAGAAAAGGUGAAGGAAGCUCGCCGAACACUUAAAAAACCCCAAGUAGAAAAGUUUGAGAGCACCCAGCACAAGAAGACAUUCUGGUGCUACUGUUGUGGGCUUGAAGUAGAACGAAACAUCACAGAUGGCAACAUGACAGUGCUGUACGGAGGCCUGUUAGAACAUAUGUGCACCCCAGAGCACAGGAAGAAUACACACAAAUUCUGGUGGGACAAUAAGGCUGACCCAAAACUUAGAGACAAGGUCAUCAUUACUGAGGAGGACAUUGAAAGGUUUAAAGCUGAGGUGGCAAACGUGUUGGAAUCAUUUGUAGAGAAGGAGGAUGAAUUAAUUAAACAGCAAGCUGAUUAUAUCCGGGCCCAGGAGAAGCAUCGUCAUGAGGUCCUUCAGUCUCUUUUAGAGCGUGACGCAGAGCCAGAGUUGUUCAAUGGACCCAACAGCACCGACAUGUCUGCAAAGGAUUCUGUCAGCUUUCAGUUUACAUCUCAGAGAUCCGAUCAGCAGGUGGGGACCAGCUUUGUCGACUCAAUGGUCGAAGUACCGUGGGCUGCCCCAGGACAAGGCCUCACUUUCAUAGGUUAUCAGGAUUCAUCAGACAGUGGAAAUGUUCACACAGGUGCCGUCCCUCCCUGGCUCCAGGACGAUCCUCUGGAGGGAACCUCCGGCGUUGCAGCACAUCCAGAGAUUGGCCCAUCGCUCCAGGAGUUCCUUAAACAGAAGGAGCAAGAGAAGCUGAAGAAGCUUCCACCGAACAGAGUCGGGGCCAACUUCGAUCACAGCUCACAUACAGACGCCAACUGGCUUCCCUCCUUCGGCAGAGUGUGGAACAGUGGCCGGCGCUGGCAGUCCAGACACCAAUUCAGAAAAGAGGAAAGGCAGAAGAACAAACAGAAG